AUGAACUACCUGCGGCCAGACCUGAAGAGGGAAUGUUUCAGCGUGGAAGAAGAGAGGAUGAUCCUCCCUCUCCACAGGAUGCUAGGCAAUAGAUGGGCUCAGAUCACCAUACAUCUGCCCAGUCGCACCGACAACAAGAUCAAGAACUUCUGGAACUCGUCCGUCAACCUCCUCCCCGCUCCACAAGCCGGCCAUAUUAAUUACUCAUAUCUCAGCAACCACUCAUUCCCUGCAACAACCUCAGCUUCUUCUUCACUAUGA